CACACACACACACACACACACACACACACACAUAUCCUCUGUAUUAUGAAAGUAAUGUGUUCCUGAAACACCUGGCAUAACACAAAAUCCAUAAUACAAGCUUUAGUUUCCCAUUGAUUUCCAUAUAAAGUGAUAAUGCUUUCUGACGGAAUUUUUAUGAAAAUAAAACAAAAACCAACGUGAUCACUUUUAUAUGCAUGAAAGUAACAGUCAUAGUACAAUAUGUAUAUAUAAAAAAACACUUGAAGAGAAAUAUGUUAGGGAAUAAAUAAUAAUUGCAAUAUCAUUAUAGGGUAUAUUCUUACCACAAAAGUUGUUGAUAUGUUGACUAGCAUGUGAAGGAUGGUGGUGGAAUGAGAGAUAAUGGGAGGAUGAGGGACACUAUUUUCUAUGCCAUAAAGUUAUCAACAUCUACUUGAGGGGCAAGGAGUUAUCCAAAAUUAUUUGGUGUUUAUGGCAUGUGAUUUCUUUGUAUAACUUGAUGUAAGAAUGGAGUUCUUUGUAAACUCUGCUUUUAAUUUUUAGGUUAUAUUCACAAAUAGGGUUGUUGGCAAAAAUUUGCAGACUUUCCUCUCUAAUUGCCAACCCUUUACAGUGAAUUUAAGUGGAUUUGGUGGAAUUUCUGUAUUCUCAGCUUUCUCAUGUUCUUACACUAUCAGCUCUUCAUUAGAUAAACUUUCCGUGUUGGACACAAGUAAUUCAACCAUACCAAUGUCUAUAACUUCUACAAACCUUACAUUAUUUGCAAGUGUCACAAUAUCUUUCUAAAUUUGAUGUAGACUUUUUGCUUGUGGAAAACUUGUAAAAUCAUAGUUACAGUCUAUCCAUAUACUUUUUCACAUAGACACACACAUGCAUAUGACUUCUUUCAAUUUCUGCCUAACAAAUCCACUCAUAAGGCUUCAGCUGGCCUUGGGAUAUAGAAGAUAUUACCCAAAGUGGCUAUAUUGUAGGACUGAAUCAUUUUGUAGGGAAUUAAGCUUCUCAGCCAUGCAGCCAUACCUGCACCUAAGCACGAGAUUUUAAAAUCAAGGAAGGAAAUAUGAUGUAAUUUCUAACAUGGGUAUAAAGCCACAAUUCUGGAGGACAGAUCAGUUAAAACGUCAACCAAAGUACUUGACUACUUCAUUUUACCAUUUUGUAGAAGGAAGAAAGUCAAAUGUAAUCUCAAGGGAAACGAAAUGGGAGUGUGUAUGUGGGUGGGUACAUAUUUUGUCAGACAAAUGAUUCUGCUAAUUUUUUUUUUUAUUUAAAUAUGACAAUAAUAAUUAUAAUAAUAAUAGUUGGGUUUUAAAGGAAAGAAACAGUAUUUUAAGUUGUGAUGAUGAAUAUAAUAAUAAAAAAAUUGUUAAUAACGAUGCUUGCUAACAAUAUACAAUAAUGAUAAUGAUUGUAAUAAUCCUGAAAUAAUGAUUAAAUUGAUAAUGACUGUAUUCUAACAUGGUCACACUCUAGCUGAAACAAGCAAAAGUAAAAAAAAAUCUAUAAAUGAUUACGAGGUAAAAUAAUUUUUCAUCCACUCAAUUUCACUUAUUCUUUGUCCCUUCACCCACCUCAGUAAAUCUGUAGAAAUUCAUUCCCAUUAGAAGUGAAAUGUCCAAGUAUAUAAUAAUAUUGCACCAUGCUAACUUCUCCCUUAUUGUGGAUCCCAAUUAACAAAGCUAUCUAGCCUUCAAUUGAAGAUAAAAAUGAUUGCCCAAAUAUUAACAGCUUGUAUCGUUAUUUUGUUCUUUAUAACAAAAGAUUUGUGUCACAGUUUAGUAUUCCUUUUUCUUCCUCUCUUUCCUAACCUAUUUAGUUUUAUCACAUAUUAUCUUGUAUUAACACACAUUUGUUCUUUCUCAUAUAUCCACUCACUAACCCACAACAGAUUCUCUCUUCAUUUUCUCCCUAAUUUUGCAUCUACUCUCUUUCUUCUCUAUCUGAAUAAUUUUGCCCUUCCAACAUUUUUUCCUCCCUUUGUUCUUUGUUAUGCUCUCAGACCUACAGUAGUCGAGAUGUUUGGUGCUAUCAACAUUAUGUAAUCUACACUAAAAAAAAUAUUUCUGUCAAAUGUUGAAAAGUUAUGUGGAAACAAACUCAACGGAAGGAAGAAUAAUCUGUUACAUCAAAAAUGUUAUUAACAUGUUCUGUGCUCUCAAAAACGUAUCUCUGCAAAAUUUUAUUAAAAUAUUCAAGCCUAUUACAAACAAAAUGAUAUUAGCAGCUGAUUAACAGAAGUCAAAGUGAAGUCCUAAACUUAAGAAUCAGCCAAUUUCCUUCAAGAUUACUGUAUACAGAAAAACUAAAAUGGACAGAUACAUGGAUGUUUCACGGGACUUUACCUUAGCACCUAACACAGGUUAUCGAUUAAUAAAGCGAACAUUACAAGCCGAAGAUAUUAGUUUACUGCGCAAUGUAUUUAAAGAAUUUGACGAAGGCAAUAAAAAGUAUUUAUCUCGAGAAGAUAUAAAAAUGAGCAUUCUAUGUCUUUUUGGAUACAAACCUUCGAAGUAUGAAACUGAUAGAAUAAUGCAAGCUUAUUCUGAUGAAUUCAAUGAAGAAAUGGGUUUAACCUUAGAAAGCUUCAUAAAAGCCAUGACACCAAAGAUGGCUGCAAGAGAUGAAAAUGAAGAGAUUCGGCUUACAUUUAUGGCUUUUGAUUUUAGUUGCCAUGGUUUCCUCACUAUUGCUGAUUUAAAGAAAGUUUUCAAGGAAGUGGCUCCAAAAUUUCCUGAAGAAAAUAUUGAAGUUAUUUUUAGGGAAGUGGACCAGGAUGGAGAUGGAAGAGUUAGUUUCAAAGACUUUGAAUUCAUGAUGAAAUAUGAUUCAGAUAAUCUGGAUUAGAUCAGAUAUUUUGUUCAAGUGCAGAAAGGAGCCCGUGGUGUCUCUUGAUGUGAACUGUGCGGCUACCACUCUGAGAAAAUGUUUUCCCACAUUCAUAACAAACAAAAGGUUUUUCACCUAGAAAAUAAAAUAACUAUCAUAAUCAGUAUCAACAUGCUGGC